AAUUAGUAUGUGGCCUAUACUCUAUGUAUGGUGUAACAAGAGUGAUGGGGAUAGAUGGAGGAUAUCGAGGUUUCUAUUCCAAAAACACGAUUCCUUUGACACCUAAGGUUGUGAAUGAUAUCCAUAAACGUGGUGGAACGAUUCUUGGGUCAUCUCGAGGAGGUCAUGUUACGAAGAAAAUAGUUGAUAGCAUUCAGGAUCGGGGUAUCAAUCAGGUUUAUAUAAUUGGAGGAGAUGGAACACAGAAAGGAGCAUCGGUGUUAUUUGAGGAAAUUACAAGGCGUGGUCUGAAUGUUGCAGUUGUUGGAAUCCCCAAGACAAUCGAUAAUGAUAUACCAGUUAUUGACAAGUCUUUUGGUUUUGAUUCUGCAGUUGAGGAAGCCCAACGUGCUAUUAAUGCUGCUCAUGUUGAAGCUACGAGUUUUGAGAAUGGAAUUGGGGUUGUGAAGUUAAUGGGACGGAAUAGUGGUUUCAUAGCGAUGUAUGCUAGUCUUGCUAGUCGAGAUGUUGAUUGUUGUUUGAUUCCAGAAUCUGAUUACUAUCUUGAAGGACGUGGUGGAGUGUUUGAGUAUAUAGAACAAAGGCUGAAAGAGAAUGGACACAUGGUUAUAGUUGUAGCUGAAGGUGCCGGACAAGAUGAUGAACAAGUUGAUGUUGGUUUGUGGAUAUCGAAAAAGAUAAAGGAGCAUUUUUCGAAAGAAAAGAAGAUGAUGAUCAAUCUUAAAUAUAUAGAUCCGACAUACAUGAUUCGGGCUAUUGCAAGUAAUGCAUCUGAUAAUGUGUAUUGCACUCUUCUUGCUCAAAGUGCUGUACAUGGAGCAAUGGCUGGGUACACAGGCUUUACGGUUGGUCCUGUCAACAACACACAUGCUUACAUACCCUUUGAUAGGAUCACUGAGAAGCAAAACAAGGUUGACAUUACGGACAUGAUGUGGGCGCAACUUCUAUCUUCAACCAAUCAACCUAGCUUCUUGUCAACAACGAGAUCAGCCGAUAUAAUUGAAGCAAACAAGGACGAAGAACCACCUACUCAAUUAUCAGACGAAGAAACAAAUCCUUGCUAAUUAGUAACUUUUUGAA